CCAAGCGCCAACAAAAAAACAAAAAUAACAACAAAUUUUCAAACAAUUAAUUUGAAAAUUUCCAAAAUUCUAGUCACUCUGUAUAUACUUAAAUGAGAUUAAUUUAAUACCAAAUAAUAUAGUAAUUAACAUGAAUUACCAUCAGGAAGUGUUUAAUAAUUUUUAUUGCUGUAUAAAAUAUAAUUCAAAUUUCAAUUCCUAACCUAAGAGUUUGUGACAUUUCAAAACAAUAAUACAAUUAUUAUUGAUAAAAUAAAAGAAGAAAGCAAUAAUCAUGAGUAGAAAACUAUUGACAACUUGUUACUUAAUAUUAAAUGUCUUCUUUUCGAUAAUUAUUGUCCUUUUGAAUAAAUGGCUUUACGUACAAAUUGAAUUUCCAAACAUGACACUUUCUAUGAUACAUUUUGUAAUAACAUUCUUGGGUUUAAUAAUUUGCGAACAAUUCGAUGUGUUUUGCAUUAAAAAUGUUCCCCUUAAGGAAAUGAUCCUUAUUGCAAUGUCAUUCUGUGGUUUUGUCGUUCUGACAAAUUUGAGUUUAGCCCACAAUACUGUUGGAACUUAUCAGGUUGCCAAAAUGUUGACAACACCAUGCGUUAUUUUUAUGCAAAUAAUUUUUUACAAAAAAUCAUUCUCGAUAACUGUCAUGUUGACAUUAAUACCAAUAAUAUUAGGUGUCAUUCUCAAUUUUUAUUACGAUAUUCAGUUCAAUAUUUUGGGAACUGUUUACGCUGGUUUAGGAGUUAUUGUCACUUCUCUAUAUCAAGUUCUGGUCAAUAAAAAACAGAAGCAAUUUCAAAUGGAUCCGAUGCAACUUUUGUAUUAUCAGGCACCAUUAUCGGCAAUAAUGUUGUGGGUUGUUAUUCCCUUUUUCGAACCUGUAGGAAAAACGUUUACUUUCGAAUGGACUUUGUUCGAUUUAACAAUGGUUCUUCUGUCAGGUAUCAUUGCAUUUUUCGUGAAUCUCACGUCCUAUUGGAUUAUCGGUUACACAUCGCCUCUAACAUAUAAUAUGGUCGGACAUUCCAAAUUUUGUUUGCUGCUUUUAGGAGGAUCACUAAUAUUCCAUGAAUCCCUAGCCAUCAAUCAAUUAAUGGGAAUUACAUUGACACUCGUUGGUAUUAUUUUAUACGCUCACGUUAAGAUGAAAGAUAACAAGACUUUGCUGCCGCAAUCUUCAACUGAAGAACGAAUGUCUUUACACAAAAAAAAGCAAUUGCCAUAUUUUACACAAUCUGUAAAAGAUUGAUUUAAAUAUAUAAUUUUUUAAGUAA